AUGACCUCAUGGAAUUGUGACGUCAUUGAUAUGUUUCGGAUCCUGGCAGUGGGGAUGUUGUGUUUACAUGUUACCUUCGUGACUGUGGUUCUAAUACGACAUCAGACUUUUGAAGCUUGCAUUUCGCACUAUGGUACCCGUGGACACAUGGACUCGCUCCUGGGGACCCUGGCGCCGGGGGUCCGGGUGUGUACGCUCGAUAGGAUCCGCCCCCUGGACAUCUUCAACGAGAGCGUGUGUCUCAACCUCAGUGGCUACAACGUACACCCCACCUGUCACCUGAACCAAGCCGUGGAGGCCCCCUACAGGAUUCUACUAGGAGGAGUGAUCGUUUUGGUUUUAGUCUCUUUGACUUGUUACCAUCUUAUAUCACACGGACUGCUAAUCAACGCUCUAGCUAACCUAGGACUAUAGGGGAAAAUGACCAACGCCGGUUUAUAUACCUAAGCCAUUACCAACAAAUUUCAUUGCUCCGUGUUUACAUGCAGCUAAUAUAGCUAUUGUAAGAUCUUGGAUAAGAAUUUAGACUUGAAAGCCGCACUGAAAAUUCAUUGAGAAGUGUACAGUUGAAAAAAAAUGCAAAUCAGAGGCGAUAAAAGAUGUUUGUCUAUACGAACACGUGAGGAUAAAUUGCACGAAAGGAAUUGUUUACAAGCUGGCUAUCAACAUCUUAGCUAAUGCUUUUAAAUGAAAGAGACUAAGAGACACCGAAUAGAUAAAGGUACCCAAUUAACAUAGCUCCAAUGUUACAGUUCCAUUCAAUAUAUAUAACGUAUAUAUUCAAAAAAAUUGAGGAAUAUAAUCGAAGAAGAAUUUACAGUCUUAGAAAAAUUCAAACUUGAAAGAUGGAAUGGAAAGAGUUGAUUAUGAAAAUGAGAGGCGCGGGAUACGUCGAUUUGUAUUUAUAUAAACCCUUAUGCUUUCUGAGGACAAAGUUUAGCAGAUAGUAUUGUUGGCCAAAUCAAAGAACCAUAGAAGGGACUUUAAAUAUAACGAUUGGUACUUGUUUUUAAAACUAGAAAAUAGAAUGUCGUGUACUCUCUUUAAGACUGUUAACAACACAGACUACAGAUAGAAUCAAUGUUAAUAUCUAAAAUCUGCAUA